GACACAAUGGGGCUUCCAGGUAUGAUGUCAGCUUCAGUCCUCAAAGGCCAAUUAUUGUUGUUCCUGCUGUUGCUGCUGGGACCACAGACCUGCCAAGGCCUAGUCAUCAUGCCUCCUGGGCCAGAGUUCAUCCUCAACAUCUCCAGCACCUUUGUUCUGACCUGCUCGGGUUCAGCUCCAGUGAUAUGGGAACAGAUGUCCCAGAUGUCCUGGCAAGAAGCAUCCAUGAAUCAGGAUGGCACCUUCUCCAGUGUGCUGACACUGACUAAUGUCACAGGGGGAGACACUGGAGAAUACUUUUGUGCCUACAACAACUCCCUAGGGCCAGAGCUCAGUGAGCGGAAACGCAUCUAUAUCUUCGUGCCAGACCCCACCAUGGGCUUCCUCCCCAUGGACUCUGAGGAUCUAUUCAUCUUUGUUACGGAUGUGACUGAGACGACAAUUCCAUGCCGAGUGACAGACCCCCAGCUGGAGGUGACGCUGCAUGAGAAGAAAGUGGAUAUCCCUCUACACGUACCCUAUGACCACCAGCGUGGUUUCAUUGGCACUUUUGAGGACAAGACUUACAUCUGCAAAACCAUCAUUGGGGACAGGGAAGUGGACUCUGAUACCUUCUAUAUCUACAGCCUCCAGGUGUCAUCCAUCAAUGUCUCUGUGAAUGCAGUACAGACAGUGGUCCGCCAGGGUGAGAGCAUCACCAUCCAGUGUAUUGUAAUGGGAAAUGAUGUGGUCAACUUCCAGUGGACAUACCCCCGCAUGAAGAGUGGGCGGCUGGUGGAGCCGGUGACAGACUACCUAUUUGGGGUGUCCUCCCGAAUUGGCUCCAUCCUGUACAUCCCCACUGCUGAGCUGAGUGACUCGGGGACCUAUACUUGCAAUGUGUCGGUGAGCGUGAAUGACCAUGGAGAUGAAAAGGCCAUCAACAUCACUGUGAUUGAGAAUGGCUAUGUGAGACUGCUAGGAACACUUGGUGAUGUACAAAUCGCUGAGUUGCACCGGAGCCGGACGUUGCAGGUGGUGUUCGAGGCUUAUCCGCCACCAACUGUCCUGUGGCUCAAGGACAACCAUACCUUGGGUGACUCCAGUGCCGGCGAGAUGGUUCUGUCUACUCGAAAUGUGUCUGAGACCCGGUACGUGUCAGAACUGACCUUGGUGCGUGUGAAGGUGGCAGAAGCUGGCUACUACACCAUGCGGGCCUUCCAUGAGGAUGCAGAGGCCCAGCUCUCCUUCAGGCUGCAGGUCAAUGUCCCUGUCCGUGUGCUGGAGCUGAGUGAGAGCCACCCUGCCAAUGGGGAGCAGACAAUCCGCUGUCGUGGUCGGGGCAUGCCUCAGCCAAAUGUCACGUGGUCUACUUGCCGAGACCUCAAAAGGUGUCCACGAAAGCUGUCACCCACACCCUUGGGGAACAGUUCCAAGGAGGAGAACCAGCUAGAGACUAAUGUGACUUUCUGGGAAGAAGAACAGGAAUAUGAGGUGGUGAGCACACUGCGCCUGCGUCAUGUGGAUCAGCCAUUGUCAGUACGCUGUAUGCUGCAGAACUCAAUGGGCAGAGAUUCGCAGGAGGUCACCGUGGUACCACAUUCCCUGCCCUUCAAAGUGGUGGUGAUCUCAGCCAUCCUGGCCUUGGUGGUCCUCACCGUCAUCUCUCUCAUCAUCCUUAUCAUGCUGUGGCAGAAGAAACCACGCUAUGAGAUCCGAUGGAAGGUGAUUGAGUCUGUGAGUUCUGAUGGUCAUGAGUACAUCUACGUGGACCCUGUGCAGUUGCCUUAUGACUCAACCUGGGAGCUGCCACGGGACCAGCUUGUGCUCGGACGCACUCUAGGCUCCGGGGCCUUCGGACAGGUGGUGGAGGCCCUGGUAGGGCCUCUAUACUGCCUCAGUGGCCCACUCAGGCUGAGACCCUCUCCCUCCUCAGCGACAGCCCGAAGCAGUGAGAAGCAAGCCCUCAUGUCAGAGUUGAAGAUCAUGAGUCACCUGGGACCCCACCUGAACGUUGUCAACCUGCUGGGAGCCUGUACCAAAGGAGGGCCCAUCUACCUUAUCACCGAAUACUGCCGCUAUGGUGACCUGGUGGACUACCUGCACCGCAACAAGCACACCUUCUUGCAGCGCCACUCCAACAAGCCCUGCCCACCCAGUGCUGAGCUCUACAGUAAUGCCCUGCCAGUAGGGCUCCCCGUGCCCAGCCACUUGUCCCUGACUGGGGAGAGCGAUGGUGGCUACAUGGACAUGAGCAAGGAUGAAUCUGUGGACUACGUGCCUAUGCUGGCCAUGAAAGGAGAUGUCAAGUAUGCAGACAUUGAGUCCUCCAACUACAUGGCCCCUUACGACAACUAUGUCCCAUCUGCCCCUGAAAGGACAUAUAGGGUCACCUUGAUCAAUGAGUCACCAGUGCUUAGCUACACAGACCUCGUGGGCUUCAGCUACCAGGUGGCCAAUGGCAUGGAGUUCUUGGCCUCUAAGAACUGUGUUCAUCGAGACUUGGCAGCCAGGAAUGUGCUUAUCUGUGAAGGCAAGCUGGUCAAGAUCUGUGACUUUGGCCUGGCUCGAUAUAUCAUGCGGGACUCCAACUACAUCUCCAAAGGCAGUACCUUCCUGCCUCUGAAGUGGAUGGCCCCAGAGAGCAUCUUCAACAGCCUCUACACCACCUUGAGCGAUGUGUGGUCUUUCGGGAUCCUGCUCUGGGAGAUCUUCACACUGGGUGGUACCCCUUACCCAGAGCUGCCCAUGAAUGACCAGUUCUACAAUGCCAUCAAGAGAGGCUACCGCAUGGCCCAGCCUGCUCAUGCCUCUGAUGAGAUCUAUGAGAUCAUGCAGAAAUGCUGGGAAGAGAAGUUUGAGACUCGACCCCCUUUCUCCCAGCUGGUGCUGCUCUUGGAGAGGCUGCUGGGUGAGGGUUAUAAAAAGAAGUACCAGCAGGUAGAUGAGGAGUUUCUGAGAAGUGACCACCCAGCCAUCCUGAGGUCUCAAGCUCGCUUGCCAGGGUUCCAUAGCCUCCGAGCUCCCCUGGACACUAGCUCUGUCCUCUACACUGCUGUGCAACCCAAUGAGGGUGACAAUGACUACAUCAUCCCCUUGCCUGACCCCAAGCCUGACGCUGCCGAUGAGGGCCUCCUAGAGGGUUCCCCCAGCCUUGCCAGCUCCACCUUGAAUGAAGUCAACACCUCCUCAACCAUCUCCUGCGACAGCCCCCUGGAUCUCCAAGAAGAACCACAGGCAGAGCCUGAGGCAGAGCCUGAGGCAGAGCUGGAGCAGCCACAGUGCUCAGGUUGCCAGGGACCUCUGGCUGAAGCAGAGGACAGCUUCCUGUAGGGUCUGCCCCCACCCCACCCAACCUGAAACUCUCAUUUGCCUCCUAGCACCCAACCCUCCUGGCCUAGCCUGGCCUGGCCUGGCCUGGCCUGGCCUUCCAGCUGCUGCACUGCCACCAGCUGUCCCCUUGAAGAAGGCCCCUGGUGUGUGGCACUCAAGGUCCAGGGACCAAUUUAGCUUAGGAGGCAAGAGAACUGUGGGAACUGAGCCUCUGCUUCUGGAAAGCCAUGAGACUCUGAGCCAGGGCUCCUCCAGGGGACUCCGUUUCCCCAGAUGUAAGAGGAAGAGUUGGGCUUGGCCUGGACAGGUAUGGAACCUAGAUUCCUGGAGAGAGUCCUGGGUGUAAAGUGGUGUGUUCACGUCCUCCUGUGUAGCCAGUUGCCCCUCAGCUGGAUCACUCCACUUUGAUCUUCCCAAGAACUUGGCAAGAACCUGGUGCCUGACUCCUGGCCAAACAGAGGCCAGCCUUGGACAAGGCCAUUUCAUUAGAACCCUCCUCCCCUGGUGCCAGUCUUAGCUUUCCCAGGCCCGAGCUGGUCUGGGGCCAGCCAUGCUUCAUGAACACUCUUAGGGGAGAAGGCAGAGCUGAGUACAGGAUGCUCUGGCCUGCAGCCCACAGGACACACCUGGCCACAAGAGGUACCCACGCCUUUCAUCUUCAUCACUCUCCGUUGACCUGCCCACCAGAGUCUGCAGGCCCAUAGUCCAUGCCUUCAUAUGCUAAACGCCUUCCUGAAGGCACCAGUAGGAGCCCUGACUCUGCACUGGACCUGCUAUGAGACCUUGGAAGACUCCCUUGUUCUCUCUGGGUACCAGUUUUCUUUCCCCUUUGAAAAGUAAGCAAGCUGGACUCAUUGACACUGUGUACCCUGUCAAUACUACGAGUCUAGAGUGUUCCAGGAGCUUGGACUUAUCCUGGCAGACUGGGGUCAAGUCCCUAAGCCACAUUUCUGGCUGAACUCUGGGAAGAUUCCAGAUACCACAUCUGGGGAUUCAGGAACUGAGCCUCUCCUUCAGGUCCCCAAGUGCAAUUGCACAGACCUUGACUUGGCAUAACAGUCAGUGUCCCAGGAAAACCCCCUACAGCUGUCUUGAGGACACAGAAGGACCACGAGACCCUUUUCAUACCAUGAUAAAAUCUGGAGCCAGCAAGAGUGGCAGAGAAAGGCAAGCUAGGUCACCCCAGGCCACUGUCAUCAGGAGUGUGGACAUGAUGAACCAGAGUGAAGGCAGAUGUGUCCUGUGUAGGACAAGAAGCUUGAGGUGGGCAUGAGACGCAGACGCCAUGGGGAUUGCCAUCUCAAUUGGCUGCUGUCCCUUGUCCUCAGGCAGCACUGUACAGGGAUGUUUUUGUCACUGCCCAAAUCCAGCAGUGGCUCUUUACCAACCCUGAACCAAUGGGCAUUGGAGGAUCCUGGGGAGUGAGGAGUGGGCUGGAAUAGGGAAGGAGAAGCCAGCCCCUCUGGGAGCUCUCCCAUGCUGGCUUGCUGGCCGGCAGUUCCCUUGCCUGGGGCAGCAGAGGUUGCUGGAGGAUGGGGAGAGCUGCUCACAACGGUACCAAAGAUGUAAUCACCUAGGUUUACAAGUACUCAUAGGACUCACGAUAACCCACUUAGACACCAGAAGUGCUAUUUUAUAUGCUGUUAAGCUUCCUAUCUGUACUUUUUUUAAAGGGAAAAAUUUUAAUAUUAAACUUGGUGCUUCUCACUAAAAGACCA